GUAAUAAAAGCGGAGAUGACCCACGCACACGUCCUAUCCACGCACCGAGUGACGACCCUCCACGCGUGAGACCGCCCUCUUCCUCCAGCCGCGGCGCCCAGGCAGGCGGCGGAAGAGUUAAACUGCGAGUUUGCGGCACUCGGAGCCUCCCUGAGCUCCACUUGAGCGGAAAACAUCUGACUGGCCGCUCGAUGCUCGCUUCAUUCCCGCUGUCUUUUUUUCUGUCUUCGUGCGUGACACCGGAGCCCCCGAAAACACGAUAAACCAGCGAAGCAUGUGCGGAUGCUAGGAGGCGUCGUCCUCGCCCCACCGCCGCCACCCGAAGCCUUAGCAACCGAGCAAAACCCAGCCGCCGUCCGACACGCCCGCCAGGGAGACGCCCCCCAGCCAUGUCUGCCGAGGUGGAGAUCAACGUGGCGGCCCCCGCCGAACCCGACGUGGCGUCCCCGCCGCCGGCCUCCGGCUCCCCUCCCGCCUCGCCUGCAACCGCCGCGUCCAAGGUCCCGUUCCGGAAAGACAAGAAAAAACUUCCAGAGAAAAACGACGAGUACCUGCUGGCCAGGUUUCGAGGGGACGGCGUCCGGUACAAAGCCAAGCUGAUCGGCAUCGACGACGUUCCCGAGGCCCGAGGAGACAAGAUGUGCCAGGACUCCAUGAUGAAACUGAAGGGAAUGGCGGUAGCUGCACGCUCACAAGGGAAGCACAAACAGAGAAUCUGGGUCAACAUUUCCAUGUCCGGCAUCAAGAUAAUCGAUGAGAAGUCCGGGGUGAUUGAACAAGAGCACGCGGUGAACAAGAUCUCCUUCAUCGCCCGGGACGUGACGGACAACCGGGCCUUUGGAUACGUGUGCGGCGCCGAGGGCCAGCAUCAGUUCUUUGCCAUCAAGACUGCGCAACAGGCGGAGCCUCUGGUCAUCGACCUAAAAGAUCUGUUCCAAGUCAUCUUCAACGUGAGGAAAAAAGAGGCAGAGGCCUCCCUGAAGGGAGAAAACGGCAGCACUGUAGUGGAGAAUGGAAGCAACGCCAGGGCAAGUGGAGCCAAGGACAGCCAAGCGGUGGAGCAGCUGGACCUGUUUGGAGACAUGUCCACACCGCCGGACAUGCACUCCCCCAACGACUCUAACGAUUUUCUCUUGCUGGACUUUUCCGCCGAAGUCGACGGCAAUCAGAAUUGCAUUAAGGGAAGCGUUUUAACUUCCUGCGCCGGCGAGCCGACAGAGAACCCCUUCUGCCCGGCGUUCGGCUACUUCCCGGCCCCGGACAGCGACCCUUUCAGAGACGAUCCCCUCUCCGGAACGCCGGGUCGCUCGCACCCUGCGAGCGGGGACUCAGACCCGACCCUCGGCCGGCAGGCGCUGAGCAGCAAGAGCAUGAUCCUGGCGCUCAGCAACGGCCAGUGGCCACUAGGGGGCGAGAUAACGCAGGGCGGCGCCAUCACCCUGAUGGACGGGAACGAGUCUGGACCUGGUCUCUCCGCCAAAAACCCCUUUUUUGACUCCUCCGCCCCCUUUUCUAACGGGAUAAGCCACGAAGCCCCAGUGAGUCAUAGCAAGGACUCCGUGGUCCUAACCCCGCCGCCCCAGAGUUCUAAGCCCGGACGAAGUCGAAGGAGUCAAAAGUCCACAGCAAAUGACUUUUUCGGGGCAGAACUCUUCGCCGCUCCUGGUCAGCCUGCCGGGUCAUCGGCCGCAGGUGACCUCUUCAACAAGUCCGCUCCGUCGUCCAUUGCGGCUUUAGGAGAUCUGCAGUUAGGUCCUCCAGCACCAGGCAGCACCGCCAUCCCCGCAGCGGGCAUGUGGGGAGCCUCCACCGUCGCACCGUCCAUGUACGGGCCCGCAUACCCACAGCCGUGCGGCUUUGGCGGUCUCCCCAUCCCCCCCGCCGCCUGGGGCCAGCAGAUGCCGCCUCAGUUUGCCGCCCCGCCCCACGCCUGGGGUCCGCCUCCUCCCGUGGGCCCGCUGGGGGCUCCGGGGUGGGGUCAGCCGGCCUCCACCAACCCUUUCCAGGCGGGCGCCUUCCACAUGAUGGGCGAGCAGCCGGGCCCAUCCCGCCCGCCCCCUCGGCCGCCGGCGAAGGAGCUGCCCAAGGUUGAGAACAAUGCUUUCACCGCCUUGGACCCCCUCGGGGAGAAGGAGAAGAAGACCGGGAAGGACAUGUUCAAGGAUUUCCAGCUCGCCAAGCCCCCCGCCAUCCCUGCCAGGAAAGGCGAGCAGGUGACCGACGGGAAAGAGUCGGGGGCUUUCGACCAGUACUUCUCCAAUAAAGUAGGCGUGCCCCAAGAUGCUGCCGACCACGACGACUUUGACAUCAAUCAAAUACCAGUGACUGCUAACGAUGCUCCCAAAGUGGCGCCGGCUUUCGGUCCGAACACCGCCGCUCUCCUGGACGGCGCCUUCUCCUCUGGCCCCACCUUAAACAACUCCGGGCCAGGCCUCAAUGUGGACAUGUUUGACGAAGCAUUCGGAACCCCCGACUCCGCUCCCUUUGGGGCCCCGCCUGCCGCCAAGACUGCUCCUGUUGGUCAGAACUCGGCUACCUUUGGGGAUCCUUUUGGGAAUCCCUUCGCUUGACCCUAAAAUAAACAAAAAAAACCAAAAUGAAGAUUCCAUGAAUUGACAUCCUGGGGAUAAAAGAAUGGAACAGAUGGACUCCGCCCACACCUCUCCGUCUCCUUUGAUGUUAUUUGUCUGAUUUGUAAUUGCCGUUGUUAUUGAUCUAACAGAUGUUAUGUCAUGAUCUGCUGAAGCGUGGCCCAAAAAAAAAGAUAGAAAUUAAAAGAAAAAAAAAAAAAUGAAGCGAUAUGAGAGAAGUGUCCAAAGAGGUCCACUGCUGAUGUUGUCUGUAUUAAAGAAAUAAAAUAAUGACAAAGCUGCA